UGAACUGAAACAAAACACAGAAAGAGAGAGAAACAGAAAAAUAAUCUAAGUUUUUUUUCGAUGGAUUAACGUUGUGGUUUUUGUCGUUUCCUUUGAUUCUGUGUUUUUUUCAUUGUUUUCUUGAAAAAGGGUACGUAUGAAUCACAGUUUCUUCUGCAUUGAUAAGUUUUUUCUUUCUUUCUGAAUUUUCUUACAUCAAUCAUCAAUGGAGGUUGAUGGUGAUAAGAGUGAUAAUGGAAAUCGAAAAAGGAAAAGAAGAUUUUUGAAGAGAAAGCUUCUUGUCAAUGAAAAAGUUGAGUUGAGAAGUUUGGAAGAUGGUUUUCUGGGAUCGUGGCAUCCGGGGAAAAUUCUCCGCUGCGGGAGGAAGACGCGUUAUGUCAAAUACGACAAUAUUCUUGAUGAUGAAGAAUCGGAUUAUCUUAUUGAAGUGGUGGAUGUUUCUAGUGUUUUGGAUGGUGUUAAUUCUUCAUCUGCUUUAGAUUGUAGCUAUCAGCGAGGCCUGAUUAGACCAUUACCGCCUCCAAUUGAGUUACUGAUAAAGGAUCUUCCAUUCGGACAAUGUGUUGAUGUGAAAUAUCAGGAUGCUUGGUGGGAAGGUGUGAUAUUCGAUCGCUGCAAUGGAAUGAAGGAUAGGAGCAUAUUCUUCCCAGAUUUAGGUGAUGAAAUGAAGGUUGGAGUUAAACAAUUGAGGAUCACUCAGGAUUGGGAUGAGUCAACUGAGAAUUGGUUACCGAGAGGGAAAUGGGUGUUUCUCGAGUUGUUUGAGGAGUGUGAGAGGGUAUCCUAUGUUGCAGUCUCAGUGAAACAGAUUUGGUAUGAUAUUAGGAUGAGAAAGGAUUUUGCUGAAACCAUUAGAGAAUGGACUUGUAAUGUGAAGGAGUUGUGGAGAGACCUUGUUGUUGAGGUAAUUGGUGAUUACUAUACCCUCACAUUAAGCGAAGUUCGCCCUGCCUUAAACAUUCCAAACAAUUUACUCGAAGGAGAGUCAUUUGAACCAACUGAUAAUGUUCAGUGUGAGGCUACUAAUCAAGGUAAUGCAUUUGGUUCUGACAUUGGAAUAUCUGAUAAGCCUGAGGAAAACGCUGACUCCUUAAACUUGUUGGUUACUGAUCAAAACUGUGGCAGCACAAGCAUCAUUCCUUUGGUGGAUGAGGAAUUUGAGAAGGAAAAUCUUUUACAUGAAGAGCUUGAAUCAGAUAAAAGUCAAAUGGUGGAUGUGGAGUUUGAGAAGGAAAUUCUUUUACAUGAAGAGCUUGAAUCAGAUAAAAAUCAAAUGGUGGAUGUGGAAUUUGAGAAGGACAUUCUUUUACAUGAAGAGCUUGAAUCAGAUAAAAAUCGAAAACGGAGACGUUCUAAGUCCAUAAUUUGGAAGCCAUUGGAACUGUCUGAAGUUGAAUUCUGUCCUGAAGUUAUUGAUGAGUAUGCACUUGGAUGUAGGAGCAAGACGGUUCGGGAGCUUUUGAAGACGAAAGUAAGAAAACAUCUUGUUUAUCUUGGAUGGACAAUUGAAUGGACCGAAAACAAUACUCCUCCACAUAGACGAUACCGGUACAAGUCUCCGGAUAAACUUAAUCCAAAGUUUUACACUUCCAUUUUUCAAGUUACUAAAAUUUUGCAAGAGGAUCCUAACAUGAACUCUGGGCCACCUCAAAUUGACAGCAAUCUUUCACAUCUGCUCUCUGAUCCACCCCAAAUGAGUCAAGGUUUCAACGUUUGUCCUCCAACCAAUGAACCUUCUCCAGUUAAAUUUCAAGUUGAACCAGAAUUUUGUCCUCUAGCCAUCGUGAAAUACUACUGUCACUCAUUAGAGAGAAACUCGUCUGAUAAGAGAAAGUGGAAAUUGAAGGCGAAAAAACAUCUGUUAUCAGAAGGAUGGAUGUUUGACUACCCAACUGAAAGAAGGAAGACUACUUUGUACAAGUCUCCACAAGAUCAGUGUUUAGGCACACUUCAAGGUGCAUGCAGACUAUACCUUAAAGAAAAGAUUCCCGAAUGGACUAAUUCUGAUCAUGGUGAUGAUGAUGAUCUACUUUCGAGUGUGUCCCAAUUGCUUCAAAAAGAGCCUGAAUUACGUACUAUAGAUGGUUCACCACCAACUGCAAAGAGAAACCAUAAACGCGCAAGGACUUCAAAGGCUAGCACACAAAAGGACUUAGAGAGUGAAGUACUUACCCGGGUGCUAAGAUCAAGCAAAAGGGUGCAGAAGGUUUUGGGUUCGUCAUAUCAAAAGCCUCAAAAUAUUCUGUCUUGGUUAAUAGAUUGCAACAUUGUGUUGCCAAAGUACAAGGUCUUUUACUGGGAAACCGAAGGAGGAAACUCUCCUAUGUUUGAAGGGAGGAUAACUCGCGAAGGAAUUAGGUGCACCUGUUGUCAGAAUCUAUAUGGACUCAGUGGCUUUGCAAACCAUGCUGGUGGAAGCAGUAACUGCAGGCCUUCGGCUUGUAUAUUUUUGAAGGAUGGUAGGUCACUGUUAGAUUGCAUGAUGGAAGUAAUGCAAGAUCACAGGACAAGAGAAAUUACGGAGAAACCGCACAAUGAUCUGUUUGAAGGUGAAAAUGACAACAUUUGUUCUGUUUGUAACUACGGUGGUGAACUCAUUUUAUGCGACCAAUGCCCCUCGGCGUAUCAUAAGAAUUGUCUUAAUUUGGAGGGCAUCCCUGAUGGUGAUUGGUUUUGUCCAUCAUGCCGUUGCGGGAUUUGCGGCCAAAAUAAAAUUGAAGAGACUGAGGAUGGACACUUUCUUACUUGCAUUCAGUGUGAACAUAAAUAUCAUGUUGAGUGCCUCAGAAAUGGAGAAAAAGAUGAUUCAAGACGAUGUAUGAAAAAUUGGUUCUGUGGAGAAGAGUGUGAACGGGUCUAUACUGGGCUCCAGAAUCUAUUAGGAAAGCCAGUUUUAGUGGGGGCAGACAAUCUAACUUGGACAUUGGUGAAGUAUGUCAACUCUGAGACUUGCGGUGUUGGCGGUGCUGAAAGUGACUUAGUGGUGGAGAAUUACAGCAAACUGAGUGUUGCACUCUCGGUGAUGCAUGAAUGUUUUGAGCCCCUGCAUAACCCUUUCUCUAGCAGAGAUAUCGUGGAAGAUGUUAUAUUCAACCAAAGGUCUGAGCUCAAUCGACUAAACUUCCAGGGUUUCUAUACUGUACUUCUAGAGAGAAAUGAAGAAUUGAUUAGUGUGGCGACUGUGAGGAUAUUUGGAGAGAAGAUAGCAGAAGUGCCCCUCGUAGGUACCAGAUUUCAGUACAGACGACUUGGAAUGUGCCGCGUUUUAAUGGAUGAGCUCGAAAAGAAGCUAAAGCAACUUGGAGUGGAAAGACUAGUCUUGCCUGCUGUUCCCGGUGUGCUAGACACAUGGACGAAUUCUUUUGGUUUUGAGCAGAUGACGAAUUUUGAAAGGUCACAAUUUCUGGACUAUUCUUUCCUAGACUUUCAAGGAACUGUCAUGUGUCAGAAACUUUUGACAAGAUUUCCAUCUCCGGAAUCGGUUGUAACAAGAGACGCGACUCCAAAACAAAAAGAUGGUAGCUUCUCUGUUAAAUGUAAAAUUAAUUUUGAAAAGGCUAGUCCAGUAUCUGAAGUGGAUCAAGCAGAAGGGAUUGGCAAAAGAGGAAUGAUGGAUCUACAAGUUUGGAGAUCUUCCUAAUCAAACAAGAAAAUAAAUUUGAUUUUUGUGAAAGAGACAGAAAGACAAACAUGGAGUAUUGGAGGGGGAAAGAAAAGGAGAAUAAGAAAAAUUGUACAAGAAAAUUGCAUUUGAACAAUUAUAUUAAAUGUAAAGUAGGAAUUUUAGUCUUUAGGCUAAGUUUAUCUUCAUGAUUGAAAAAUAAUGUUGGUCUUUAUUUAAAUGAUUAACUAAUGUACUGUUUAUAUAAUGUCUUUGUUAUGGGAUUUUUCCUAAUGAACAAGAAUCUUUAAAG